AUGUCAAGUAUGAACGGAAUAUCAGCAAUACACGUUAAAAAAUUAAGUCAUAAUAUUGAGGAAAUACGAUUGAGAGCAUUAAAUAAUAUUAUUUCAAAAUACGAUCUUGGUUUUGGUUGUGAUUGCGAUGCUGUAAAAAAGGAAUUAAUAACAAAAUUAUUUAAUUGGUUUUCAUUUGAAGCGUUUUCACAAACAGAAAAAGUUUUAGAUUUAUUACUUCGUUUAUUAAAGACAGAUGAUAAAAGUCAUUUAAAUGCAUUUGGUAAAUUACGAUUUCAAAAUGAACUGCAUGAAUUAAGAAGAAAAUUAGGUUCAGAAUGGUAUGAAAAAAUAAAUGAAAUUGAAGAAAUUGUUCUCAAUUCAGAUAAAAUACAAACUACAUCAUCAAAGUCAGAAACUAUAAAGUUAUUUGAAAUAUGUUGUAAAAAAAUAUUAUAUUUUCUAAUACGUAUGAUUUAUAGUACAGUACCAUUUGAUUUAACAUUGGAAUGUGGGGAUGGGACCCCAAUAUCUAAAGCUACAGAGGGUGGUAUCAAAUGGUUAAUCAUGCCAUGGCAACCUUUAGUCACCUCUGAUAGAGGAGUCUUAGCUGCAGUUGAAGAAGCACUAAAUAAUAGUUUAGAUACAAAUCUCAUAUUACAUACAUGUCAAUUUAUAACGAAUGUGAUGAUGCAAGAUUUUCCAGCAGAAGUUUUCCUGCAAAGACCAGCAAUUGUUUCUAUAUUACAUAAUCUUUUAGAAUCUAGUAUAAAUACCUCAAGUGCCAAUUUUAGAAGUAUAGUACCAAUGGUAUUAAAAACACUCCAUAAAUUAACACGAUCUUUAAGGUUACGAAUUUACUAUUACUGUGAACCAUGUAUUGCAAAUAAAAAACAAAAAUUAUUAGCAGGAGCAUUAAGCAAUAAUGUUUAUUCUUCCUCUGAAACAAGAGAUAGUCCUGAUGGAGGAUUUCCAGAAGCUAAUUAUCAGGCAUAUCAAUCUACUGGUACGAGUGAAAGAAGUCAAAGCAUAUCAGAUAAUAUUGACGAUUCUAUUUUACAACUACAACAGAUGCUUAUACCUACCUUUUGUAUUGAAACCUUAAAACACGUUAUAUCUCAAUUAAGUAUUUCUAUUAAUUUAACAUUCCUAUUAAGAAAUGUCAAAUAUGUAACAGAUGUGGUAUAUGAACUGGUACAGUUACUUAUCAUUAGUGUGAUGCCAAAUAUUUGGCUUUGUAACGAUAAUAUUGCCUUAAAAAUAAUUGAAGAUAUGAAAAUAUUAUUCGGCAUUCUAGGAGAUGUUAUAGAAUAUUUUAGAAACUAUAGUACAAUGGAUGAUUUUAGAAUAACAUAUCUGCAUCUUGUAACUAUUACAAUGAAACUUUUAAGUCAUAUUGUUCCUCUAGAAAUAGCAGAUAUUAUUUUCCCCAAAUCCCUUAAAACAUCCAUUUGUGUAGCUAUAAUGGAUGCUGCUAUAUAUUUUUUGUAUCCAAAGUUACACCUUAUAUUACAAGAAUAUGGUCGUCAAUUUCAAAGUAAUGACGAAAUUGCAUAUAUUAAAUUAUUUGAUGAAACAAGAGUAAUAACAAAGUCAAUGCAAGCAGCUAUAUCCUUAACCAAAAAUACAUCUGAUUUAACUCAUUCAGAUAUCUUGAAAAUGAUGUAUGCUUCAAAAUUAAGUUUAUCUUAUCACAAAAAUUUUAGUGUUAUUAAAAAGAUUAUCAAAUUUUUACAAAAUAUAAAUAGGUAUUCUUUAAAUAAUGAAGAUCAAACAUUGAGUAUAAAAUUAAUAUUAAACUUAUUAGCAAAUGCUGAUACUGAUAUACAGUAUGUUACAUAUCUUGAAUGUCACACUUUAAUUAAAAACAUUCUAGGAGUAGAAUAUAACAAAGAAAAAUUAUCAUGGGAAAAUUUAAUAUUUUUAUUUGAUUGGUCUGUGUUAACUGAAAUCAUAUCUUAUGGUGUAACACAUGACGACAAAAGGAUCAGGGAAAUGUCAGAAGAAAUAUUAAUUUACAUACUAAAGGGAAGAUUACAAAUGGGAGAAAAUGGAUGGUUAAAAUCAUUAGAAGCCAUAUUACCAGUGUUACCUCUUUUACAAUGUCAUGCUCAUUCUUCUACAACUUUAGGUCAAUGUAUAAUGAAAAUUUUCGAUCCUGAUGUUUCUACUAAUAUACAAUUACCAUAUAUCGAGGUUUUAAAAGGUAAUUUAAGGUUUCUAUUUUCAUCGGAUGGAGAUAUUAGAGAAGAAGCCAUUUGUAGAUUAAUUUGGCUUCUUGGAAAAGAAAAGGAUUCAGUUCAAAAAUUACCACGAUUAUCAUCUUUGCAUGAUUUACCUCUUAGUUCACUUUGUAUUUUUGACCGACAAACAUUUUUUAAAAAAUCUGAAGGCAAUUAUCAGAGAAGCAAUUUAUUAUCUGUACUUGAAAUGUUAAAUGAACCAAAUAUUGAUCCAAAAAUACGAAAAUCCGCAUUAGUGCAAAUUAGUGUAAUGCUCUCGGAUUCUUCCUUGCAUAAAUUAUUUAUUAAUGAAAAUGGAUUGCCAUUAAUCUUAAAUAUAUUUAACAGUGCAUUGGUUGAAAAGGAAUGUAUUAAUUAUCCAGAUUCUGCCAUUCCUAUAAUUACUAUACUAAAACUAUUAUCUUCCACUGAAUGUUCUAUACGCCGAGAUUUAUCCAGUCGUAUUAACGUUCUUUCAAACAUAAUUAGAAGUCUUUUUCUUUUUCCAAAUAAUGAAUGUGUUAAAACUGAUGGUUCACAACUAUUGUGUUUAUUACUUUAUAAUGAAUACAUUAUGAGACUGAAUGAAAAACAUACGGAAAAUUAUAACCAAUUAAAUAUUUCUUUACCUCAUAUUAUUGUUUCUAAAAUGAAGCUACCGUUCCUUUGUAAAUCACAUUGGAAAAUAAGUAUGCAUAGACGAUCAGAUAUGUCUGUUCUUCAUAAUAAUAAUCCAUUGGUAUCAACAUUUAUAAGACAAUAUUGGAUAUGGGAAUGGAAUGGUGGUACAAAUGUACUUUGGAAAAAUUUGAAAGAUUUUCAUGAUUCUGAUAUAUCAGAAAAACUGAAAAUUCAAGAAAAUGAAUUUUCAGUUUUACGUUUCAGUUUUCCUCACUAUUGCUGCCAACAACAACUAUACAAUAUACAAAAUUCAACAACCCAUGACUCAGUUUCAUGCACACUUGAUUAUCUUACAAUGUACAUAAAAUUUUAUAAAAUGCAACAAUAUGAAGAAGUAAAAGAUAUAAGCUUGCUACCUUGGGAACAAACAUUUGAACGUUUUUUACUUUCACAACCUGCAAGUAAAGAGGACUGUGAUCUGUUUGUUGAAGUUUUAAAUUUUUUACAACUCUAUAUUAAUAUUACAAAGAAUGGCAAGUAUAAAUGGACGAAUAAAAUAAUAAAAAAUAUAACUAAAUCACUGGCGGAAUUAUUAAAAAAUUCGGAACUAGAUAAUCAAAAUGUACAUCAAUCUAUAUUGAAAUUAGCUCGUACUUGUGCAGCUGUAGAAAAAACUGAAAAAACUACUGUAGAGAAUCAAGAUGUUUGGCUACAUUUUAUUGAAUUAAUUGUCUCUACUUUAUGUUUAGGGGAUCAACAACAUUUUUAUAAUUUAGCCUAUCUUGAUUGGUUGUUAACAUGUUUAACAUAUUUAAUUGGAAAAUGUCAUUGGACCAAUUAUAAAAAUUUAUUGAUAUCUUUAGGAAAUACAUUAAUUGAACUAAUUAUAUCCUUUCAUGGUGCUGGAACAGUUAGCUUCAUGGGUUUAUCUAUAACUAGAAAUUCUAUCAUAUGUCUUAAUCACUUAUUAUACCAAAUGCAAAUAAAUUUUAAUAAAAACACUUUUGCGCUAUUUUGGUACGAAGAAGGCCGUAUGUUGAAUUGGUUGCCCACAUUAUGGCAAAAUCGAGAUCCCUUAGUUCGUGCAUCUGCUUUACAAUUAUUAGCAGGAUUAAUGAAUAAUUUGCACACAGCUUCUCAACUGCUAAAUUCCAUAGCAUUGGCACCAAGUGAAUUAUGUCAGACAUUACUUCAGUGUAUUGCUAAUAGAGAAGAAUCAUGUAUUGUUAGAGAACAAGCAUGCUGUGCAUUUAGCAGUCUAGUAAAAAAUUGCAAUUCUAUAAUUUUCCAGUAUAUGGAUUCCUUGAAAGCAAAUGCUAUUUUAAUAUACAUAGAACAAAACAACACUUAUUAUGAAAUAAGUGUACUGUGUUCUAAUAUUUAUAUGUUUACUUCUUUGGACUGUGACCAUAUGGAUAAUCAAGAACAAGAAACUGGGAAAGUCCCGUCUAUCCACAGCAUACAGUCGAGUAAUACAUCUUUGGUACCGCGUACGAUUUCACAUCUGUAUAAUUGUCAGGAUGAAUUACAGCCUUUUUCCACCAGAGGUUCAACAACUACGGAUAUGGACAAUUAUUUACAAUUGAUUGCAACACCAUCAUUGAUAACAGCAGUUUGUAGACUACUAAAUAACUUAAUAUUAGUAGGAAAGCAAGAAGUUGUUCAUCAUAUUUAUGAGCACUCUAUUGACAAAUAUUUAAUUGGAUGCAUUAACGACAUUCCUAAAGAUGUUAAAACUGAGAAGAACUUAACACACUACUGUGACAUAUUAGAAAUGUACAUUGGUAUCUGUACAGUUUUAACAAAUUGUAUUACACACAGUAAUGAAUAUAUUCUUGUAGCCAAUUUUUCUGUUGAUUCACUAUACACAUUAUUUUGUUUUUUAAACAACGAUUUAUACUGUAAUAGAACAUCGCAGUUAAUAUCUUUACGAAAUAAACUUUGGACCGAGAUUUUUAAUUUUAUAGCUAUACUUUCAUUAACAGAAAAUCAACACUUUGAAUCAAUACAGGCUGCUUUGGAAUUGCGUGGUCCAGAAGCUGUACUUUUAUCUAUUUGCCUUGCAAUGAAAGAUUCUAGUCCAGAGCUUCGUAUCAGCGCUAUAGGUUGUCUUGCAUUUUUACUUUCUCAAGAAAUUCAAAAAGAUUCUUUAGGGAAAAGUAGUGUCUCAUUACAAUCGGUAAUGGAUACUGCUUUUACUCGUUCAUCAAGUGACAAUAGAAAUCAUUUAAAAGAAAUUAUAUAUGAUGUUAAUAAACUUUCUCUACAAAGCGCCAAUGUACAUUCAAGGAAAUCAAAUGAAAACGAAGAUUUCCCUUUGACUUGUGAAAAACCAGGAAAUUGUGAAGUUGAGACGAAUGAAAUUGCUAUGAGUGAAGAACUUUGUAGUAUUUUAUUGCAUUUGUUUAUAGCCCAUAACUAUAAUAGAUCUAAAAAAAAUAAGAAAUUAAGCGAGGACAAAGAUUUGAUUACAAGCGCGCUUACUAAUUUAUUGUGUGUAUCAAAUACAGCCAAAAAAGUCGCGCUGGAAGAAAAUUUACCUGAAACAGCUGUAAUGAUAUUAAAAGAACUGUAUGUCAGAUUAAAUUUACAACCUUUUGAGCUUAUCAAAAAUCAGAUAGAUCGAGAAAAAAAGAUUCAUCCAUUACUACAUGACUUGAAUGCUAUUUUUAUAUUAUUAAUGAACUUCAUGUAUGGUAAUACAGAAGUUAAAGAAGUUCUAACAAAAGUAGGUCUAGCAGAUGUAUUGCACAAAUUAUGGGCUUGGAUUGCAUUAAGUAAAACAGUUUCAACUACAGCUCUGAAAUUAUUAGCAACCUACACUACAAAAUGUACUACAGCUGCUCAAUCUUUGACAUUAACAACUAUCUUACCUGGAACGGGACUUAGGAAAACGCCUAAUACUCUCGCACUUAUACAUGUUAUUGUACAAUUAGUUUGCAAAGAAAUAGAUAAGGCUGGUCAGUUCUUUGAUAAUCACAAGUUACACUUUGCUUUUCAUAUUCUACGAAAUGCAAUACAUGUUCAUGAAUGUAGAGUAUCGAUUUCAAAGAGCAAUCUUCUACAAUUUUUUACGAAAAUUCAUCCAAUCACUACGAAAAGAGUAAAACCUUGGCCACUCGUCGAAUUAUACUGUUUGGAAUUUUUAAUCGAUUUUACAUAUUAUGAAGAGGGUCAGUUAUGUGUACCAAAGGCAGUUGACGGCUUGGAUGUUUUGUUGCAAUUGUCAAAAUAUUCCUCAUCAUCUAACAGAAUUCUAGCAAUUUCCAUAUUGCGUAAUCUCGCGUUUAACAUGACAAAUCGACCUCGGUUACUUAGUUCAGUGGAUUUUAUUAAUGUUCUGCAUGAUAUAUUUAAAAAUGGUUCCUUGGAUGAAAUUAAAAUAGCAGGUUCUAUGUUGUGGUCUUUGGUGUCCAACAAUCAAAAAGGAAAAUUAAUCGCUCGAAGUGCUGGUUUUUCACAGAGUCUACAAGAAACUUUAGGUAGAUUUACGCUAUUAAAUGUAGACGAUAGGAAAGAAGAAGAGGACUUAAUAAAAAUGUUACAAUAUAUAUUAAGAAUUCUUAGUCCAAUAGAUACUAAAAAUGAUUGA